AUGGGACGCAGAGGGCCCGAGGAGAAGAAGGAGGAGGUGUGUGGUGUGUGGCUGGACGCGGCAGCGCUGAAGAGGCGGAAGGUGCAGACACAUUUAAUCAAACCAGGCACCAAAAUGCUGACAUUGCUUCCUGGAGAGAGAAAAUGUGAUAUUUCUUUUAUUCAAAGAAGAAGCACUCGGCAGACCAGUAUUGCAUCCUUUGUCACCUUGCAACCAGGAAUGGCAAAUGGGGGGAACCAGAAGAGCAUUUUAUCUCUCAAAGAAAAUCAGAUCAACAAAGAAUGCAAGAGAACCCAGGGAUUGGGGGAUUGCUUGGUAUCACCUUUGACCACGUCAGCUCCUGCAGACAUCCAGGAAGCUGGACAUUCUCCUCCAUCUUCCCAGUUCUCUAGCUGCCACAUUUUGGAAACACCGUCUUUGACUACAACAUCUUCGCCCCAACCUGACAUCCUGAUGGACACUGGACUAAGUAAAGCCUCCCUGACUUCUUCCUUUACCCAGGACAUGGAUGGUUAUUGUUUGCUGGACCGAAGAGAGGCCAGUAAGAAAAGGGAAUGGCUUCAUGAGUCUAAGACAAACUGUCCAGGCAUGGGAAGCCACAUUAGACCGUCUGCGAGUAAAUGCUAUCAGCCCUUGGACAAAGCUGAACUGGGAGAAAAAGGGACUGCCAAGGAAAACAGGCAGCCCUCUGUGCAUCUUCAAACCUACAGGUUAGAAUCCUGGAGUAGGAAAAAACCGCUGUUGGUGGCCAAAAGUCCUCUUCUUUCUGUGUUUUCCUGGGAUAGUGAAAGGAAUGAGAGGGACUCGUGGAGUCAGCUUUUCACUGAAGACUCCCAAGGCCAGCAGGUCAUUGCCCACAACACUAAAAUGCCUUUGCAAGAUAUAACCAAUGAUAGGAAUCAAGGCUCUGGGCCGUUUCCUGACAGCCCUCAGGUUCAGUGCCAAGAGCCUACUCUGUUACAGCUGCAGCCAAACCUCUUUACCCAGGACUCUGAAGGUAAUCGGGUUAUCAGACACUACUUUUAAAUGUUUGUGUGGGUCUAUCCUGAAGUGGCAGAGAUGGAGGGAAGAAGAGUGGGGCUGGGUAGAGAGGAGGGUUUAGGUGAGGCCAUGUGGGCUGAAGCAGUUGUCAUUAUGGAACAUUAUGCUCAUGUAAAUAAAGCAAGCAGUGUGCGGUAGACAUGCUUUUCUCUCAGGAAGGUGACUGGUGCAUUCCAUUGGAUGGAUGCCAACUGAGACAGUAGGACAGAACUGUUGACUGAAAUCACUUCUCAGUUCAGAAUUGCUACUCUGUUCUUCCAGAGGCCUGGCUGUUUUUGCUUCCUACAGAUAUGCUAUCUUUUCACCUCUGGCUGGACCACACAAGCAUGAGCUUGGGACCAUUAUUCCCAACUGCAUUUUAAGAGAUGUAUCCCUCCCCAACCCAGGUGUGUGGAGCUAGCUGGUGGGAGGGCACAUGAUCCUUUUUCUUUUUAAUAGUAACUAUAUACAUUGUUGACCUGGAACUGGAGAGAUGGCUCAGCAGUUGAGCAUUUGCUACCUCUGUAAAGACCCAGGUUCAGUUCCCAGCAUCCACAUGACCUCUGCAGGCACUGAGCAUACAUGUGGUACACAGACAUAAGAUGAAAUCAGUUAAAAACAAGUUGUUUGCUCUAUCUUCCCAUUCUCAAAUCUGUAAUAACCUAGUUUUUUUUUUUUAUUACUCCCUGCCCCGUCCUCCCAGAAGAGGGAGGUUCCUUUUGGAAAACUGUGAAGCUGGAUCUAGUGAUAAUUCAAAAAGUAACUUUUAGCUGGGUAUGACAACUUAGGAGACAGGAUUUCCAUGAGUUCAAGGCCAACUCACAGCCACUUAGGGAAUACUCAACCAGCCUGAGCUAGAAUGACACUGUAGUUUGAAAGAAAAUGGCGACAAAGGGAGUGACACUAUUAGGAGGUAUGGCCUUGUUGGGUUAGGUAUGGUCUUAUUGGAAGAAGUGUGUUACUGUGGGAGUGGGCUAUGAGGUUUCUUGUUUUCAAACUUUCCUUGGAGUGGUGGUCAGACCACUUCAUGUUGCAAGAUGUAACUCUCAGUUCCAGCUGCCUGCACGCUGCCAAGUUCCCCUUCAUGAUCAUAAUGGACUGAACCUCUGAAACU